AUGACUUUGAACAAGGGACGAUCCUGGUUGUACGAGAACCACUUCAAGACAAUCCCUGGUGGGUACGCGGUCUGUGUCGACCAUAUCUUCGACUUCAUAUCCCUCUCUGCAUAUGAUGAAAGAGUCCCAGAUUGUUGGAAGCCAAAAGGCACGGAAUCUAUCGCCUCAUUCAACGACUGGAACACCAAAGGGAACGAUCUGUAUGAAGAAUCGAAAUACAGAGCGGCAAUUAAAUGCUACACGAAAGCCCUCGAUUGCUCUUCAACAGCAGAAGAGACCGAUGCCCCCAAGAUCAAUCGAGCCCGAGCAUUCCUGAGGACGAACCGAUUCGAAGCCGCUCUCCGAGAUCCGGAAUCGCUGUCAUCUCUUCAAAAGGCGGCCGAGGAAUCCCUGUUCUACAAAGCGCAAGCGUUGUAUAGCCUACAGAGGUUCCGAGAAUGCUCCAAAGUUUUGGAAACCAUCUGUCUGGAAGGUCUGGGCUAUCCUGAGAACCUGAUUGCCAAAGACCAAUGCGCUCGAACCAUCCACCGACUUGCAGAGCAAGAGAGCGCAGGGUACAGCUUCGAGGAGUUACGCACGGAAGCCGCCAAACUGCAACCGCCACUUUUGGAUCGUGCCACAUACGUGGGUCCAGUAUAUAUCAGACCAUCGGCCUCCCGGGGUCGCGGUCUCUUCACCACAAAAGCAGUCAAGGCUAGCGACUUGCUGUUGUACGCGGGAGAUUUGAAGAUGCUGCUUAACCUGGAAACCGACACCGUAAAUGUGGGAGCUCAGUCAGAACUCAUCAAGCAGAUCGUCCAAAAGCUGUAUCGAAACCCCUCUUUGGCCCCAGUCUUCACCAACCUUCAUCAUGGAUCGUACAAACUUGUCAAUGUCUCCGAGGUCGAUGGCGCGCCUGUGGUUGAUACAUUCCUUGUCGAGCGUAUCAUAAACCUGAACAGCUUCGGUUGUUCACUUCCGUCUCGCGAAUCUCAUCUCCGGACUGCGGAGGAUCCCGACUCAAUGCCUGGCGAAGAUGAUGAAUAA